UAUUUUCCCAUUUAUUGAUGUCCUAUCUCUGAUGAUAAAUACCUGUCUUUUUGCUCCGCCCACUGCAUCGAAACAGCUUUCCUUUCCUGUACAUUUCCCACAUUUUCUUCUUUUUUCCUUCUCUAGUCUCCUCUGUUUCUUGAUUCGAAGAAAUGGAAAGAGAGCAGGAGUGGGAAGGAGAGGAGUCCGCUCCGACUCUUACACUAAGGACCCGGAAGGGCAAAAUGGUAAAUCUCGACGCUGCUAGAGUAGAACGGCCGGCAGAGACCGACCGAAGCGUUUACUUGGAUAGAGUUGAAGGAAUAUGGAAGUGUCGCCACUGCACAUGGACCUACCGAAUGGGAAGUCCUGGCAUAGAUCAUGCUCACAAUCAUGAAGAGUAUUUCAGAGGGUUGGCGAAUGCCAAAACAUUAUCUCAGCAGGGAUCAUGUUUUGGUUCACAAAGUCAACAAGGUAUUGCAUCUACUGAUGAAAAUUGGGGGACAAAAUUGAGCACUGUUGGCUUUUCUGCUGGUGAGAAAAACCAAGGGAAUGGUGAAGCAGAUCUUGAAACAAUAGAAAUGGAUGUUGAGAGGGUAUGA